AUGUAUGACUUUGAAAGGAUAAGAACGACCCCCACCCACGCACGCACUCCAAAACCCCUCUCUCUAGAAGAGUACAAGUACUACUCUCCCUCACCGCCUCCACUUCAUGAAAGUUCCCAUGUCAAGCUGGCGAUUGAUAAUCAAGAAUCUGGUGUCCAUGAAAUCAAGCCCAAGAAUAGACGAAUCAUGGGGGCUGGGGGGCCUAAUGAGGAGGACAACAGGUGGCCGCCAUGGCUGAAUACUUUGUUGAAGCAACGUUUCUUUGUUCUAUGCAAAUUUCACGCUAAUUCCCACAAAAGUGAAUGCAAUAUGUACUGCUUGGACUGCAUUAAUGGCCCUCUCUGUUCACUCUGUUUAGCCUAUCACAAGGAUCAUCGUGCAAUUCAGAUAAGAAGGUCUUCAUACCAUGAUGUUAUCAGAGUUUCUGAAAUUCAGAAGUACCUAGACAUAAACUCUGUUCAAACAUACAUAAUCAACAGCGCAAAGGUUGUCUUCCUGAAUGAGAGGCCACAGCCAAGGCCCGGUAAAGGCGUAACGAACACGUGCGAAAUCUGCGAACGGAGCCUUCUCGACUCUUUCAGAUUCUGUUCUCUUGGUUGCAAGAUGGUUGGGACAUCAAAGAAUCACGAAAAGAAGACGAAGAAAGGGGCUGCAUCAGACUCCGAAGACUCGUACAGCAGCAGCCACGGGCGGGCGAAUGGUGUCGCUAGCUUCAGUCCGUCAACGCCGCUUCCUACUGCUAUGAAUUGCCGAACUGCCAAGCGAAGAAAGGGAAUUCCUCAUAGAGCUCCUACGGGAGGACUCGUCAUAGAAUAUUAG